UGGCUGGAGGCCCCGAGUCGGAUUCUUUGUGUCAGUCGGUCUCCGGAUCGGUUGCCAAUCAGUUGACGUGACCCCGCGAUAUGUUGAACGGAAAGUUCUACACGGGCCUGCCCCCGAAGAUGGUGGAGCGGCAGGGGGCCAAGGUGUACAACCGCCAGGAGUCGCACUUCUUCUGGCCGGACGACUCCCAGCUCGACUCGGCGGUGGAGACGCGGGUCAAGCGGCGCAACAGCCUCCAGCUGGAGCCCCCGCGACCGGCCAUCCAGCGGCAACCCUCCAUACAGGACGCGGGCCCCGAGGUGGACACGCGCCGCAUGUUCCACAAGGAAUUCGCCAGCUCCUCCAUCGAGUUCUACGACAACCUGCAGCCCAGCAAGGAUAACCGUCCCUCUCUGAGGCGGGGCAUGCGCCGGGAGGUGACCCCAAAGCUGACAGAGGUAUCGCCCUACAGGGGCAACCUCCCCUUGCUCAGUGCCCACCCGGAAGAGGACGCCACCUGCGAGCGCCGCAAGCAGGCGUACAGCUCCACGAUCCAGUUCUACGAUUACGUCAACCAAGACGACUGCCACACGCCCACCCAGAACAACGCCAGGCGGCCCAAAAUGGACAUGAACGACAAGCGCGAGGUGGAGCUCAACUCCAAGAACAGCCCCAAGCUCCAGGUGAAGCGGAAUGUGCGCAGCCUCAGCGUGGAGGUGGAGCCGAAGGUCACAAAGAAGCCCCUGAACGACAGCCGUCCCGAGUGGCAGUCCGAGAGCCGGCGUCGGCCCGUCCUGCCCCUGCAAGGGGCCCCAGUGCCCAAGCGGAUACUCAAGCAGGCUCCCGGCGAGGACCUCGACUGGAUGGACAGCGGACUGCGUCGCCUGCAGCUGCGAAGUCCCGGGCUGCGAAAGAAGCACGUCACCUACAACGAGCAGGCCGACGAGUAUGCCUACUACGAUGACACAGACAGAGACAGAGACAGAGACGAGGCACCACUGCCGCUGCCAACAGAGGGUCGGCGUCAUCAGCCGACCGGAAGUCGGGAACAUUCACAGCCACAGUCACAGUCAGAGCAGCAGCGAUCGUAUAUGGAAACUAGUCGCACGAAGCCAUUAAAUAAUUAUAAUAAGAGUAUACAUAAUAAUAGCCACUCUGCCAGCAGCACCAACAACAGCACACGGAAAAUCUUGCCGAAAUCAUCGGCAGAGACAGCGGGUACGGGAGAUGCAGGGGAUGGAGGGGAGGCUGUCUCCCCUGACCCACGCAAACACCUGCGGAGCAGCCUCUGCUUCAACGGCGACGCUCUCAUAGUGGGCACCCAGUCGUCGUCCAGCGAUGCACAGGCGCGCCGAAGUUCGGCUCGGCAGCGGAUCAGCGUGGGACUGCCAGACUGACAGAGCGACAGAGAGAGAGAGAUGGCAUAGGGGUAUUACUUUAACGAUCAUCUGCUAAACUUUGACAUCACCCACAGCGGAAUCAGUGAUUUGAUAUAUGCACAAACCCAACAUCCAACCCCCAACAACCAACAUCCAACAACCAACAACCAACACCCAACGCACAACCUUGAUCUUGACUAAUCUGUGAGCAGCAGCUCGAUGCGGUAUUAAUUUAGUUCGUAAUGGAAAAUAUGCUAAUAAACUGAUGUAUAACACAAUG